AUGAUACUCAACACGACUAAAGUCCCACAAAUGCAAAGUAGAUCUUCCAAACGAAGUCGCAAUCGUACGCUACUCUCAUGUACGGAAUGCCACAGGAGGAAACAAAAAUGCAAUCGAAAUCAUCCCUGUAAUGAUUGUCUGGAGCGACGUGUUCCACACAAGUGUCAUUUUGUGAUACCUUUAAGAAGGAGGGAUUCAAAACUUGAUUAUCAAACCACAAAAGCUGCUCGUGAUCGAAGGAUACUGGCAGGGGAGGAAAUUCUACUUAGUCUUGAAUCGGUCGACGAUCUAAGAAGUAUUGGAUCAUCUUGUGCAUCCACUCGUGCACCUACAUAUUUGACACGGACUUUGUUCUCUAAUCAUGCUUCUAGUCAUGAUAUAAAACUACAGGCUCCCUUCUGGCCCAAUCUAACGAGUGGGAUUCUGAAUGGAUUCGAUCCAUUCUCAAUAUUGCCAGAUACAAGUGGAGAUCCACUGCCCAAAUCAAUUCUCAUAGAAUACUUUGUUAGGCAAUUAGGUCCGUGGCUUGGUACAUAUGAUGAUGCUAAAGUUGUGGGUCGCCCAGCAUACUCUUGGCUACCAUUUGCUUUGCAACAUCCCCCGUUAUUCUAUGCUACAUUAUUGGGCGCUGCCGUUCAUCUAGACCGCAAAAGACCUAUAAACAAACGCAGUUUGGUCUGGUACAAGAUUGAGACUAUGCGUUUGGCAAAUAAGACAAUGAAUGUACCUCACGAAGCUGCUACGGAUCAAAUGCUUCUAGUAGUUUUAAUCUUACUAUACUUCAAUGUUGGUGGUGGAGAUGGAGAGGAAUACGAAAUGCAUCUUUUGGGUAUCAACCAAAUGUUAACCAUUAGAGGAGGUACAGUCACUGUGCACUUCUAUUAGCCGAAACUCCACAAAACGCGUUUUUUCACACGUUACACUCCCACAAUCACAUUUUAUUAUUUUAAUUAUACUUUCAAUUUAUAAUGUAUAAUGUAUUGAAGGUACACAA